AGAAUGGUGAAACGAAUACCUUUUGCUUGCGUUUACUGAUGGAAAAUUUGAGAGGUUUCCUUUCUUUGACCUAAGCAAGGCUGUUAAUAAUACUCAUUCAAACACCGGAAUACUCAUCAUUUGAAGAAUCCCUCCUCUUCUCAAUUCACUUCCUUUGUGAGUUUUUGUUGCUUCUUCUCUUCUCUAUCCACUUCCUUUGUGAGUUUUCGUUGCUUCUUCCCUUCUCAAUCUGUCAUGGAACGAACAUCAUCUAUCAUUAAUCAGAUCCAACCACCAACUUAUGGAACGCUAGUCACUAUUCUAAGCAUUGAUGGAGGAGGCAUCAGAGGAAUUAUCCCGGCGACAAUCUUAAGCUACUUGGAAUCACAACUUCAGGAGUUGGAUGGUGAGGAUGCUAGAAUUGCAGACUACUUCGACGUGAUUGCUGGGACAAGCGCCGGUAGUCUUGUGACCACUAUGUUAACGGCUCCAGACGAAAAUAAUCGUCCUUUGUUCACUGCCAAAGAUAUUAAAGCCUUCUACCUUGAGCACAGCUCCAGAAUCUUUCCACAGCACCUGGGUCCAUUCGCUUUGAUCAUAAAGAUAUUGAAAGCAGUAUCAGGGCCGAAAUACAAUGGGAAGUAUCUUCAUGGCCUUCUGAGAGAAAAACUAGGAAAGACGCGGUUGAACCAGACUCUUACGAAUGUGGUCAUCCCAACAUUCGAUAUCAAGAAACUCCAGCCGACCAUCUUCUCUACCUAUGAGAUAAAAUCCUCACCAGGCUUGAAUGCUCUACUCUCCGAUAUAUGCAUCGGCUCAUCAGCAGCUCCAACAUACCUUCCCGCCCAUUAUUUCCAAACCAAAGAUUCUCGAGGGAAAGUGAGAGAUUUCCACCUCAUCGAUGGAGGUGUCGCUGCUAAUAAUCCGGCAUUGGUUGCAAUGGGUGAAGUAACAAAGGAGGUCUUUAGAGGGAACCCAGAUUUCUUCCCAAUCAAACCGAUGGAUUACGGUAGAUUUCUAGUGCUCUCAAUAGGAACUGGUUCACCAAAAAGAGAUGAGAAAUACGAUGCGGACCAAGCGAGUAGGUGGGGCAUUCUAGGUUGGCUGAUCAAUAGAGGUUCCACUCCAUUAGUCGAUGUAUUUACUCAAGCAAGUGAAGAUAUGGUCGAUAUCCACAUUUCUGUGCUUUUUCAAGCCCUACAUUGCGAAUCAAACUACCUCCGAAUUCAAGAUGAUACACUAAGUGAGAACAUAUCAUCACUUGAUAUCGCUACCAAAGAGAACUUAGAUAAUCUUGUGAAGAUUGGCGAUGGGUUACUGAAAAAACCAGUCUCAAGGGUGAAUUUAGAGACAGGUAUAUUCGAACCGAUUGAAAAUGAAGGAACAAAUGAAGAAGUUCUCAAAAGGUUUGCUAAGAAACUUUCUCAAGAAAGGAAGCUUCGCGAGGCGACGUCACCACACGUCAAAUUUCUCAUUAGCCGUCGGUAGUAGUCAAGAUGGAUUAUUAGCCUAAUUAAUUAAUACGUUGAUGAAGAUGUAAUU